AUGGAUGAUGUUUUAACUGUUAUUUGUAAGAUUUGUGCGAAAAUUAUCCCUCUUUGUGAUGUCAAAGCACAUUUACUUGACACAUGCAUCCCUUCUCUUCUCUUUCGUUAUGGAUGCGGUGGUACUCUCCCAACAUCACAAGAGUUCGAGAAGCUAACACAAUCAGAUAAAGAACAUCAAAUAUUAAAAGUUAAACAUGCAACCUUGCAAGAAAAAUAUAAGCAACGCAAAGCAACAACAAUUGUUACAACAUCUCAACCACCUCCUCCAGUAUUUAGAUAUGAUUCACCAACAAAUUCUAUCUUCUCCUCUCCACCACCAACACCAAGUAAUUCCUCAAUUGCAAUGGAUAAUAGUUUUAUGGAAGAGACUUUUCAUGUCAAGAAAGAGUUUUUAAAGCAAGCAGAUAUUCAUACAUAUAACAACAGUAGCAACUUAAUUAAUCUAGAUAUUCCUGAUGGAGACCAAGGAGUGUGCACACUUGGUAACCAAUUUAAGGUGCAGCAGAAAGAUGUGAUAUUUUGUACCAACUCAGUGAGAGGCAGCAACAGAAUAGAAAUCACUUGUUUCGACAAACAAAUUACAUUGUGUAAACCUGCACACAUUACGGAUGAAUAUUGUCAAACUCAUCUCGUUAGACCUCUUCUGGCAAGACCUAUAUCAUUAGAUGAUGUAAAAGAAUCAAUAUCAAACCGCCCAAAAGAAGAGUUGGUUAAAUGUGCAUCAUGUCCAAACAAAUGCACGAUGAGCAUAAGAUGCAAAGCGUCCUCACUCACUCCAAUCAAGGAUAAUUAUCUGUACUUUUGCACAUAUUCUUGUUUCCAAAAAUACUUUGGUUCAUCAUCAGGUAAAACCUGGUCUGCUUAUAUCGAAUCUAAACAACCUAAAAAAGACAAAAAGGAAAAGAAGGAAACGAAUAAGGAAAAAGGAAAAGAUGAUGAUUCAGACGAGGAAUCCAGCCAUGAAGAAGAUGAAGAGGGAUAUGUAGUAGAAGAUGAAGAACAACAUACAGAUAAGAAAAGAAAAGCAUCUACACCACCAAAGCCGACAACUAAAAAGGCUCCAGCUAAAAAGGCUGCAGCCAAAGACAAAGAUAAAAAAAUUAACAAGAUUAUAGAGUACUUGGAAGAUGAAAUAGUAUCGUUCAUUGGACUUAAAUUUGAAGAUUUCCAAGAUUUAUAUCAAAACACUAUACGAUUGCAAAAGACAAAAACAGAAACCAGAGGCACUAAAUCAAAGUAUUCAAUCAGGGGCCAGUUGUUUAUUACACUUUGUUGGCUCCGUCACUACCCAAAGAGAAUUGUUCUAUCUGCAUUUUUUAAAAUAUCGCAAACUACUGUAGAAGAAUACACGUCUAACACUUUGGAUUUGUUAUAUCCUCUCUGCCAAGAGAAUUUCGAUUACUAUUUUUCAAAAAGAAUGGACAAAGAGCACUAUUCAAUUUAUGUUAAAGACACCAAUGAAUCUUGCAUGGUUACAUCAGUGGCAGAUGGAUCAGAACAAAGAAUUUCAGUUCCCAUGGAUUCCGAAAUUGCAAUGAAUUUUUAUAGUGGAAAGAAAGGAUAUUUCUCAAUAACCAAACUUGUCUUUUGUACUCCCACUGGAAAGAUUAUUUUCAUGUCUAAAUCAAGACCUGGAUCAAGAAAUGAUAUUAACCUCGCCAAUGAAUCAAGAGCUUUCUAUUCUAAACUAGACGAAGUUCUCGAGUUUAUUUUGGGAGACAAAGGAUUCAUAGGUUGUCAUGGCAUGUAUAAACACUUUUUGGUUAACGAUAGAAAUCCUAAAGCUAGUUUUAAUAGAGGUGAGGCUGACAAAAGAUUUAAAGCCAUUAGAAUUAUCAUAGAAAAUGUGUUUGCCCAUAUGAAAAAGUGGGAAGCAUGCAAAGCGACUUUGAGGAUCAAAUUUUCCGAUCCUUCAAAAAUUCUUCAACAACAUGAUCAAAUAUGGUCAGUUGUAGGAUAUCUCACAAAUAAAUACAAAAACAUUAGAGGAUUAUAG